UUUUGUUAUUUAAAGACAGGAUAUAUGCUUACCGACUUUGUCUUUGGUAGAGCUUUUACUCUGUGGAAAUCGUUUGUAGAUGCCCGGAAUAAUUGCCUAGCUAGAAUCUCAGCUGUAUAUUUCCAAAGAUGUUUACUCGCAUUAUGUCCAUGUCCUCUAUCAAAGGCCGUCUAGGUCUACCAUGCCUUUCUACGGUGUCCUAUUCGACCGGUAUACCGAGUUUCAAGAAAGACUAUACGCGUCAAGCAGCCAUCGCCCAGAACGAGAUUUUCCAUGGAACAAACAUAUUUGAUUAUCGUCAAGCCUACAGAUUGGCACUCGACGCAAAGAAAAAGGACAAAACGUACCGUCAUUUCAACAAUAUCAAUCGCUUGGCGGACGAAUUCCCCCGGGCUCACACUUCUUCCCCCAAGGACAGAGUCACAGUCUGGUGCUCCAACGACUAUCUAGGAAUGAGUCGAAAUCCUGUCGUCCUCGACCGGAUGACGAAAACCCUCUCUAAAUAUGGAGCCGGUGCAGGGGGCACCCGCAAUAUCUCUGGCCACAAUCAGCAUGCUGUUGACCUGGAGCGGAUUUGUGCAAGGCUCCAUAAGAAGGAGGCAGGCUUGGUAUUCUCCUCCUGUUAUGUGGCUAAUGAUGCUACACUGUCUACGUUGGGAGCCAAGCUCCCCAACUGUACCAUUUUAUCGGAUAGUAUGAACCACGCGUCGAUGAUCCAUGGGAUUCGGAACUCGCGAGCGAACAAAAUCAUCUAUGCCCACAAUGACAUGGAGGAUCUGGAAAGAAAGCUAGCCAGUCUUCCACUAGAGGACCCGAAGAUCAUCGCGUUGGAAUCUGUCUACUCGAUGAGCGGAAGUGUUGCGCCACUCGAAAUCGUCUGCGACCUGGCAGAACGCUAUGGGGCAAUCACCUUCCUAGACGAGGUGCAUGCGGUGGGCAUGUACGGUCCCCACGGUGCUGGAGUAGCAGAGCAUCUUGAUUUUGAUGCCCACCGUAACUACUCUGGAAAGGGAGGUACAAUCCUCGAUCGAAUUGACAUCAUCUCUGGUACCUUCGGCAAGGCUUUUGGGUGUAUCGGUGGGUAUAUUGCCGGAGACGCCGAAUUGAUCGACUUUAUCCGGUCUUAUGCCCCCAAUUUUAUUUUUACAACAUCCCUACCACCCGCAGACAUGGCUGGCGCCGCUGCCGCCAUUACAUACCAGAUCGAGUACCCCGAGGAUCGCAUCCUGCAGCAGCUUCACGUCCGGGAGCUGAAGGAGAAACUACACAACGCUAACAUUCCGGUGGUGCCUAAUCCCUCACACAUCAUACCUAUCCUGGUGGGAAACGCCGAGCUGGCAAAGAAGGCCAGUGACCUGCUGCUAGCGAGAUGGGGCAUCUACGUGCAGGCCAUCAAUUACCCUACUGUACCGCAUGGGCAGGAGAGGCUUCGCGUAACCCCCACCCCUGGCCAUACCUCUGAGCUGCAAGAAGAACUGACCGAGGCGCUGACGGAUGUUUGGCAAACACUCGGUAUUAAGACUGUUGCGGACUGGGAGCGGGUAGGCGGCUUUCUUGGUGUUGGAGACCCCAAGGUUACCAAGCCCAGUCCUCUAUGGACAAAGGAGCAGCUGGCAGGGCUCAAGUCAACCCCGGGUACUUAGAAUAUUAUCACUUCGAUUUCCAAAGAAAAUGUACUAAGAACAAGAAACUAUAGGUCUAGACUAAUUUAUGUGGGUUUUUAUAAUU